UUAGGCUCGUGUGCCGCCCACCUCAGUACGACAACAAAGAUGUCGGCCAACGGGGUUGUGUGUCACGUCUGUGAAACACCUGGCUGCGGUGCCGAUGCUAAGCUCCAGUGUCCAACCUGCAUCAAAUUAGGAAUACAGGGAUCGUUUUUUUGCACACAGAGUUGCUUCAAGGGUUCAUGGGAAUCACAUAAACUACUUCAUAAAAAGACUAGCUCUUCAUGGUUCUCUGAACAACUAGAUCAGAUCAUGCAGUAUUUUCCUGGCUAUACAUAUUUUAAGAGAGCAGUUACUCAGUUUAAGAAUAUUUCAGGAGCCAGUGAUUCCAGCUUGCCGUACAACCCAUGGCCAUACUACAUGUUUUCUGGCAGUUUACGACCAUAUCCACAAAGCAGCAAAAGAGAGGUUCCCACUUCCAUAGGUAGACCAGAUUAUGCUGAUGACCCAAAUGGAUUUCCACACUCUGAGCAAAAAGUGCGAGGAGCUGCCAACAUUAGGUGCCUUUCAGAUGAAGAAAAAGAGGGUAUGAGAGUGGCGUGCAAGUUAGCUCGAGAAGUUUUGGACGAGGGAGUUAAGGUAGCAGAUAUUGGUGUAACUACAGAUGAAAUUGAUCGUGUUAUACACGAAGCUGCAGUUGAGAGAGAGUGCUACCCUUCACCCCUUAACUACCAUGGUUUUCCAAAAUCUUGUUGCACUUCAAUUAAUGAAGUUAUCUGCCAUGGCAUCCCUGAUAUGAGGCCACUACAGAAUGGGGAUAUAUGCAAUAUUGAUGUCACAGUUUACCAUCGCAAUUUCCACGGUGAUUUGAAUGAAACCCUAUUUAUUGGAGAGGUGAAUAGCAUAGCACGAAAUCUUGUCAAGACCACUUGGGAAUGUCUUCAGAAGUCCAUUGAAAUUGUUAAGCCUGGUGUCAAGUAUAGGGAAGUUGGCUCAGUGAUCCAGAAGCAUGCUCACUCCCAGGGCUUCUCUGUGGUUCGUUCCUACUGUGGCCAUGGCAUUCAUCAGCUGUUCCAUACAGCACCAUCUGUUCCACACUAUGCCAAAAACAAAGCUGUUGGUAUUAUGAAGCCUGGGCACACAUUCACAAUUGAACCAAUGAUCUCAGAAGGAACAUGGAAAGAUGAGCAGUGGCCAGACAAUUGGACUGCCGUGACAUUGGAUGGGAAACUUUCGGCCCAGUUUGAGGAGACAUUGCUGGUGACUGAAACGGGUGUCGAGAUCCUUACUCAACGCAGAGAGAGAAAUGGUCAACCUUAUUUCAUGGAUUAAGUUGAGGAAAACUUUAGGUAAAUUGCCACAUUUAUUUCAUAGAAAAUUAUUGUUGGAUUUGUUUGUGAAUGUCCUUUGUAUAUGAGGAGUUGAAAGUGUACAUAGUUAAACCAUAUUUCAUAUUUUCAUGAUGUACGAGCUUGUAUAAGUACUCUGUAGUACACUUUGAUUUGUAUUUGCUGCAUUACUGUUAUCAAGAAAGCUCGUGUGAAAUAUAUGUGCCUAAUAUAUUCUUGAAUAUAUUUUUGUCACCAUUAAACCUCUGUCCAAUUGCAGUGCAUAAUAGUAAAUCAUCCCACAUUAUCUGUUUUUAUUUCUACUACUAUAAAUGUUUGACCUUUUAAUGAGAACACAAGUGUUCACUAAGUCCAUAAUCUACCCAAGCACCAUUUUAUACCAAUUUUGAGAUGUGACCUGGUACUAUGAACAAUUAUUGUUGUUGUAAUUAAAUGAAAUGGAAAA